GCCGGCGCUGAGCUGUCCUUUCUGGGCGCGGAGGCUGCUGGGACAGGGCUCACUGGCGGCGGUGGAGUGGCUUGGGUCUGCUCGGCUCGGCUCGGCAGAAUCUGUCUGAUUCCAUGGCGACAUAUCUGGAAUUUAUUCAGCAAAAUGAAGAGCGAGAUGGGGUGCGUUUCAGCUGGAACGUGUGGCCCUCCAGCCGUUUGGAGGCCACAAGAAUGGUUGUGCCCUUGGCGUGUCUGCUGACCCCAUUGAAGGAACGUCCAGACCUGCCGCCUGUACAGUAUGAACCAGUGCUUUGUAGCAGGCCAACUUGCAAAGCAGUACUGAACCCACUUUGUCAAGUGGAUUAUCGAGCCAAGCUCUGGGCUUGUAACUUCUGUUUUCAGAGAAACCAGUUUCCUCCUGCAUAUGCAGGCAUAUCUGAGGUGAAUCAGCCAGCAGAACUUAUGCCUCAGUUUUCCACCAUCGACUACAUUGUUCAGCGGGGUCCUCAGACACCGCUCAUCUUCCUUUAUGUAGUUGACACGUGUUUGGAAGAGGAGGACUUGCAGGCACUGAAGGAAUCCCUGCAGAUGUCCUUGAGCCUAUUGCACCCAGAUGCUCUGGUGGGGCUGAUCACUUUCGGCAGAAUGGUCCAGGUUCAUGAGUUGAGCUGCGAAGGGAUUUCCAAAAGCUAUGUGUUCAGGGGGACCAAAGAUCUGACAGCUAAGCAGAUACAGGAUAUGUUGGGUCUUACAAGGCCAGCUGUCCCUGUUCAGCAGGGAAGACCUCUUCAACCUCAGGAACAGCCAGUUAUUUCAAGCAGGUUUCUGCAGCCUAUACACAAGAUUGACAUGAACCUGACAGAUCUGCUCGGGGAGUUGCAAAGGGACCCAUGGCCAGUGACUCAGGGAAAGAGACCCUUGCGAUCGACUGGAGUAGCUCUAUCGAUUGCUGUUGGUUUAUUGGAGGGCACAUUUCCAAACACAGGGGCCAGAAUAAUGUUGUUUACAGGUGGUCCACCCACACAAGGACCUGGCAUGGUAGUAGGAGAUGAACUGAAAACCCCCAUUCGUUCCUGGCAUGACAUAGAGAAGGAUAAUGCACGGUUCAUGAAAAAGGCCACAAAGCAUUAUGAGACUCUGGCUAAUCGCACUGCAGCCAAUGGUCACUGCAUUGAUAUUUACGCUUGCGCUCUUGAUCAAACUGGCCUUCUGGAGAUGAAGUGUUGUACAAACCUCACUGGGGGUCACAUGGUGAUGGGAGACUCCUUCAACACUUCUCUCUUCAAGCAGACAUUCCAGCGAGUUUUCAGCAAAGAUUUCAAUGGGGAAUUUCGAAUGGCAUUUGGUGCCUCUCUAGACGUGAAGACUUCAAGGGAGCUGAAGAUUGGAGGGGCUAUUGGACCAUGCAUCUCUCUAAAUGCUAAAGGGCCGUGUGUCUCUGAAAAUGAACUUGGUAUUGGAGGAACUUGCCAGUGGAAAAUUUGUAGCCUGGAUCCCAACACAACCCUUGCUAUUUAUUUUGAAGUGGUGAAUCAGCACAAUGCGCCAAUACCUCAGGGUGGCAGAGGUGCUGUGCAGUUUGUCACUCAGUAUCAACACUCCAGCACGCAGAAGCGCAUCCGAGUUACCACGAUAGCCAGAAAUUGGGCAGAUGCACAGAAUCAGCUCCAGCAUAUAGAAGCUGCAUUUGACCAGGAAGCUGCUGCUGUACUAAUGGCACGACUGGGAGUCUACAGAGCAGAAACAGAAGAGGGACCAGAUGUAUUGAGGUGGCUGGACAGACAGCUGAUCAGACUGUGUCAGAAGUUUGGACAAUACAACAAGGAUGAUCCAAAUUCUUUCAGAUUAUCGGAUUCAUUUUCCCUGUAUCCCCAGUUUAUGUUCCAUUUGCGGCGAUCUCCAUUCCUUCAAGUAUUUAAUAACAGCCCAGAUGAAUCUUCCUAUUACCGCCAUCACUUUGCCCGACAAGAUUUGACCCAGUCUCUCAUCAUGAUCCAGCCCAUUCUUUAUUCCUAUUCUUUCUAUGGACCACCUGAGCCUGUGCUCUUGGACAGCAGCAGCAUUCUCGCUGACAGAAUUCUGUUGAUGGAUACUUUCUUCCAGAUUGUUAUCUACCUUGGUGAGACUAUUGCACAGUGGCAGAAAGCUGGCUACCAAGACAUGCCCGAAUAUGAAAACUUCAAGCAUUUGCUGCAAGCCCCUCUGGAUGAUGCCCAGGAAAUCUUGCAGACUCGGUUCCCAAUGCCACGUUAUAUUAACACAGAGCAUGGAGGCAGUCAGGCUCGGUUCCUGUUAUCAAAAGUGAACCCCUCACAGACGCACAAUAACCUCUAUGCCUGGGGACAGGAAUCGGGGUCUCCAAUCCUAACGGAUGAUGUUAGUCUCCAGGUAUUCAUGGACCAUCUGAAAAAAUUGGCAGUGUCAAGUGCAGCAUGACCUGGAUCAUAACAAGGACAUAAAAAGGAAAGAAUUAAUGGGAUCAUACUGAUAAUUCAAUAGAUGUGGGAAAAUGUAUUACCUGUAUUUUCUCACAUAUAACACAUGAUUUCCUCUAAAUGUAGCCCCCCAUAAUUGGGGUGCAUAUAUUAAGCAGGGAAGCUGUUUUUCUGCCUGGGAUAGAAGCACCCUACUUUAAAUCCUGCUCCACAGUGCAGCAUCAUGACUAUUCAGGCAGCUGAAGAAUUCAUUUGAUUUAAUGGUCCAUUGUUUUUUGCUCCACAGGUGUUAACAGUUGUCUCCUUUUUUAAUGGUCUUUAUGGUCUUGCUAAGAAAAGUCAAACUGACCUUUCUUAGGGCAAUUUUAUAGUCUACUAGCUGAUCCCAUUAGCCCAAGGAGGAAAAAAAGGGUAAAAGUCACCUGAAGACUGGGUUCUUCCCCUGGGCUAUGCAGUCAUAUAACUGGAAAAAUCCAUUUUUCUUCAUUCUGCCUUUCAAAAACAGGGUAUAUAUUAUAUUUUGGGCCAUGUUGUAUGUAAGCAAAUACAGUACAUUCCUUUUCUUCUUCGUAGGCCACAGCUUUCAACUAUUUCAUGAAACAAAUACUGGAGGGGAGCUUUGUACUGAAUCCUUUUAGAUGUUAAUUUAUUUGUAUUCCAUUUGUCUGUGUUCUUUCUGAUCUACAUUUUUCAUACAUUGUAACUUCAACUCCAGGAUGUUUUAGCUUAUAGAAAACUUAAUACAGCUUUUCACUUAAUUGUAACAAAAUGUAUUAAAACUAUUCUCUUUUAGCAACUCUUUUGGAUAAAGGAAACUAUAUUGAUGAAAGAUAAAAUUAGUUAAGGCAAGCAUUAAUAUUUAGUGCCAUACCGAACCUGACUCUCAGAGGGAAUUAAAUCAGUCUUCUAGUUCUUCCAGUAAAUUUUCAAAAGUAAACUAGAGUUGUGCAUUCAAGUUAUUGAAAAGAGAGAGAAUUUCAGUUCCUAUUGCCCAAGCAAUUUCAUUAGUGAUUCUGGAUCUCUAAGCACUGAGAAUCACAGAAUGCUUUCCAACAGAAGGUGGGUGCAAAAAUGCCUACCAUUUUGGUAUGCAUUUGGGGGAGAAGGGAUGUGCAUGCUUGUGGGAACACACCCAGCGUGUGCAUGUGUUUCCCUGGGGACAAACAGAAGUGUCAUAUAUUGCGCCAUCGCUACUUUUCCUCAGGCAUGCCCCUGUAUGCGUGUUGUGGUGAGCUGCAAAUUGCACCAAGUGGGGCAGGGGAAGCUGGAGCCAGCAUCUGCAUUGGCCCCAGCAGCCUUGCCUGGGGUCCCCUUGGGGCUGCAACAGCAGUGAUCCAGGUGCACAGCCUGGCUGGUAGCUGGAGUGUGGCUCUGGCUGGCCAGGCUCUAGUUUUGCAGGGUGUAUGCUGCAGCCACAUGCUCCCCACCCCUUGUUUUUAGAUACUGGGACUUCCUGGUAUUCGAUUUCGCCCUUCUGCUGCAAACAUGGAUUUGCAGUGCCUCAGGAGGCUUUGAGGUGCUGCAAACUACACGUUCCUGUUCCUGGGGAUGCAGCCAUUACAGGUUUCAAGUUAAAUUUGGCCCUAGUGUGGAGAAUUUACUCUCCACCACAUCAAAAUUGCACAUGAUCUACCUUCCUUCUUUGCUUGAGAUCUAAAGAUGACUCAUUACUUCAUCAUACAAAAAGACUCACACCUGCUACUCUCAACUACCAAAGUCAUGUUGAUUCAAAGCAUAGGGGCUGUCUAAAUUGCUUUUAAUUUCAGCCCCGAUUUUCAUCUAAAUAGAUUUGUGUACACAUCUUCUCUUACAGUUAGGCUCACACACUGUAUUGUAGCGGAGACCAACGUUUUUGCCAAGUGUAUCAUAAAUUAGUUCCACAUCCUUCCUGAGAGUCGCUCGAAUCCCUUUCUCCUGCCUGACUGGCUGCCUUACUUUAUGCCUGAUCUGCUGCUCUGUUGUUCUGUUCCCUGCCCUGUCUGCCACUUUGCUGCCUGUCCCCUUCCUAGUCUACCACACACAUGGGUUGAUCUGCUUUACUGCAUGUAAGCCUUCUGUUAGAGAGCAAAAAUUCUUGUUCAUGAUACAAUAAAAAGUCCUUAGACUUAUAACUGUAUCAAUGCUGUCUGUGGUUUUGGAGCUCUACUCCUCAAAAUAGUUGAAGUGAGGCAAGAAUGUUCCUAUAACCAAAUUUUAAACCUUAGUUGUGGUAAAUAUAAAAAUACUCUGUACAACUAGCUUCUGAUAUAUAACAUCUCAUUUUAACUCGAGUCACCCUCUUGCAAUGCAGUCUGAAGAAUGACUAUAAGAGCAGCAUGUACGCCCAGGCUUUUUUUUAAGAUUACAUGGUUAAUCUUCUGCGUAAAAACAUCAUUUUCCCCCAUUCUUGCAGAGUCACCAUGAACCUUUGCAGUUGAACUGGGCUCUAUUCAUUUUUCUCAACUGCUACUGCCGUGAGUCUGCAGGCCAAAAUAAGCUCUCAGCUAUAGCACUAACCCAGUUGCCAUCACUACUACCCUGUUAUCUAUAGUAGGAGUUCUCAACCUUUUUUUCCCCAAGGCCCCUCUGUGGAGCUGCCAUUGCUCCCUGCACAGGAGAGAAAUGGCCUGGCUCCCCAGCCCUGCCUGCAUGGCCCUGGGUGCAGCAGGCAGGGCUUGGCAGUGAAAUAUCCUGGGACCCCACUCACCCGAGCAGUAGCAGCAUAGAGCUUUGCUUACCUGCAGUGUCACCCACAAGAUGGAGGGUGUGGGGUGGGCCUACUCCUGCCUCCUCCUCAGGGCUUGCCUUAGUCCCAGGGGAGCCAAAGUGGCUCCUCCCCAUGCCAGGCUGGGUAAGCUCCCCAGAAGCCUGCUUGUGGCCCCCAGGGGGGCUGCAAACCCUUGGUUGAGAACCACUGACCUACAGUAUACCUAGACAACUUUAUUUACAUUUUAAAUAAAGGGUAGGGGUGGGUGUUUUUCUUUCCACAUGAACCUGCAUAUUUAUCUUUAUGCAGAGUGCUUUACAAUGUGGCCUAUUCCUUCCCAUCUGUAAAGAAGCUUGUAUGCUGCUGUGAACAAUACCUAAGUAUCUUUUUCAUAUAGUCCUUCCUGGUGCUGUUGCCUGGUCUAGACAUACUUUUUAAUUUGUCUUUUAAUGUAGACUCUGUUCCUUUGUUUCAUUUUAUUGCUGCUUUCUGGAGAAGCUCCCCAAGUUGCUUGCUGUUUACCCAUACCAGGUUAUUUCAGGGCAUAAAGGUCUUGCACACCAGGCCUUUUGGAUUUGAAUCUGGGUUGUGAUUCUUCAGAAAUUGCAGGACUGUAUAUGUCCACAGAGUAACAUGGCUGUCCCUUGAUCAGUUUCUAUGUGUUGGCAUCAGCAUCCUCAUGAGAGGCCAAGAAUGGAGAUCUACCACAGGCAGAGAAAUGCCAUUUAGGUUGAGGGCACUCGACCUAAAUCAGUGAUUACUGUAGGGCUGGUCUGGGCACAAUCACCAGGGGUUAAUCAUAAAAAACGAACAAACAAGAACAACUUAUAAAAGAGCUGGGCUGUUUGUUUGCCUACAGUACCUAUAUUUCUGCUUACUUCUGUCGAGGACUUUCAACCUUCAGACAUGGAAUGGAAACUCCUCCCUACCCUGCAUCCAUAGGUAUCACCCCUGUUAUAACAGAUGAUGAAACAGAGGCUGUGCAGGCCAAGUCUUUGGCUAAGGUGGUGUUAAAGGUCAGAGAAGUAGGGCUGGAAGGGCCCUCCAUAGGCCAUCUAAGUCCAGCCCCCUGCCUCAGGCAAGAUCAUCAAUACCCAAACCAUCCUAUGCAAUCCGUAACCAAAACUCUCUAUAUAAAGACAACCGUCAAUCCUGAUACAAGACAGACCUGACACCCUACCCUGCCUGGGGUAAAGCAGUGGAACCACAGCAGCCAGUGCCCUGCUUCUAUGAAAUGCUAUCAAUAUACACUCAGGAGAUCCCAGUUAGAUGGCCAUAAGCACUUACUACAGAGGAAGGCAAAAACCCCACAGCCUUGCCCAUAGGGUAAAAUCUCCACCUGACCCCAAAUAUGGAGAGCGAUCUGACCCCGAGUGGACAGGCAAGCCCCUCUCACCAGGAACCUCUGGCUUCGGUCCCAGCAGGAGCACUGGGCCACCCUGAAGUCCCCAGCUUUGGCUGCAGCCAACACCCGGUGCCUCUGAGAAAGGGCGCGUGACCCGAAGCUUUCAAAUAACCCUAACCCUAGCCCGCACAGAGCCUAACCGCGGCGGGACAGGGCCAGGCCUCCUGGCUGCGUAUCGCCCACAACGCGCAUGCACGGGACAGCGGGGCCCCCUCCCUUCCUACCCCGGAAGUCUUUCCGCGUUUCCUCGCCUCGAAUUGGCUGCACUGCUCGGCCAGUAGGCUCUGCCGUUGUUGGUGAGUGGGCGCUGGGGGCCGAAGGCAAGAUGAACAAGGCUAAAGCUGAGCUGUGGAGAAAACGCUUUGCCAUUAUGUACGCGCUGAGCUCAUGGAGUCUGUUGGGCUACGCCCUCUACUACUACCGCGUCGACAACUUGCCCCAGAGGAAGCCUAACGGUCCGGACACCAAGCAAGAAGUACAUCAUUAUAAAAACUAGCUGGGCUUUCACGUAGUAAGAACAGUGGACUAUAAACAAGGACCUGAACGUUUUCCGUAUUUGAAAGCAUCCUUUAACGUUACUGAUGACUCUGACCCAGAGAAGUAAUGGAUUCUAGCUGAAGAACAGAUUUUGCCCCCAUUUGCUGUUAAAGUCAAGAGCUUCACAUCUCAAAUAACAAUGGAUAAUUUAAAUAUGGCACAUCUCUUCAACUCCACUUAAACCAUUGUCUGAGAAUGUCUCUGUAAAUAUUAAUGUGAUUACAUAGGAAGUUUCUAAACUAGUUUUGAUUUUAAUGAAUUUACAUGUCACAUUGCAUCUAGUAGAGAAACCUUUUCACUAUUAUGAUUAGGCCUGGGUGUAGCAGGAGUAGCAGUUUGGAGGUAGUUGCCUUACAGAAUUAUAGCACCUGAUAUGGAAAUUGGAGAAUGGGGAAAAAAGUAGUACGAUUGCCAUAAUUAGGCAAAUAUUCUUGAUUGCUUUUUUUUCAGGAAACAAGCCAUUAACCUGUCUUAAAUACUGUAGGGGCAUAAACCAGAGAAUAUUAAAAACAUGAGGUCUUGAGAUGUUUUGUGCUUACCCAGCUAGUCCUAUAAUUCAAAGCCUAAACUCAUGUUAGCUCUGAUGCUGACCCAGAAUUACUGCUUUUUAUUGCAAAUAGGUAUUGCUUAAAAUAAAAUAGUACUUUUUAGUAAAAUAGUACUUUUCCUGAAAAAGCCAUGACUUGAUCUGUAUUUCAUAUGUGGCAUAAAACAAACAAAAAAAGAAUAGCAACAUGUUUAGGGAAAGAAAGGCCUUCAAAAGGCGUUACAAAGACUAGCAAGUAGUUGAAGAUUUCCAUAGCACAUAAGGCUUAUUCACAAUCACCAUCAGCUUCUUUCAUGUAACUGCAGGUAAGAGAACUCCAUGAAUGUAUUAUAUUUCAGAGUAAACAAAAACAAUGCAUUUACUCCUUGCUGCUUUGUGAAAAGGUGAAUGAUGAAGAGUAAAUGAAGACUUGAGAGGGAAAACUUAUUAAAAAAACAUAGCCUAUAUGUAAUAAAAAGCAUUUCUGGAGCUCAGCUUUUCAAAUGGAGGUUUGUAUUUCAAGAAACGAGUAAACCUUGGUACGAAAUAACCACAUAGAGGACACUGGUCCUUCUAUUUGGUUUGCUAAUGAAAUGGCUCAUCUCUUUUCACAGAACUGACCAGAUCAAGCAAGUCAAGGCUUUAUUCACCUUUCUGCUGUUUUAGGAUGGACAGAAUCAACUUGAAAUGCAGUCAUUUAGAGGGGGAAAAAAAUGACAAGUGGUUUCAGACACAACAUUUGACCCUAGAUUCCACUGCCAGAUUUUGUGCUUUGAUACUUUAUCCUCUCCACAUUUUUGUAACUCUUUAGUACAUAAUUGCUAUCAAAAGCAAAUAAGGAAAUUGGCGACAUACAAAGUGCUGUCAAAAACACACGCCUAAAAAUAUUUUUCAGAUAGAUGUGAUUAAACGUGAUGUGUUGGCAAAACUUUA